UGCAAACCGAAGUUUCUCUAAAAACUUCAGGUUGUGUUCUACUGAUUUCAUGGCUCUCCUCACAAACGUCACCAUCCUCCUGGUCUUGGCUUGUAUUUCCCAUCAGGUGAUGUUGGGUAGCUGCCAGAAGAGCGGUGGACGGAGGGGACGAGGCAUGGACAAAGGACAGCACAAGAAUAGGUCGGGAGCAAAAGUGGGCCGCCAAACAAAGCCCGUCUCUGCACAGCUCAUGAGAGGCAAAGUGGUCACCAAAGACAAGUUCGAAUGUGCUUGGGUUGCCACAGGUGAAGAUAUUGUCAUUCUCAGCAUCACAUGCAAGAAGGAGGACAGGAGCUUCAGCUGCGAGUAUAUUGCCAGACCUACUGCUUGUCCUGAAUAUGCCUCAAAUGUUAAACUUUACUGGAAGCAGAUCGGCAGGGAGCUGAAGAAGCUAAACAGUCUCUGCCAGGACAGCAGUGCUUUUGUCAGGGCAGGUAUGUGCAGAAGAGCUGCCAGAGAGGCUCAUUUCAGACUGAAUGUAACACAGAGGGGGAAGACUUCUCCACUGUAUUCCCCAACUUCUCCAGUCAAAGCUGUCAAAUCCUGUCAAGCUGAUAACAGGAAGAGAGCAGAGGAGUUCUGCAACAACUCCUGGUCAAGUGUUUGCACAUUUCUAUUUACUAUGGUGCGGGAUUAUGAUUGCUGAUACAGAAAAACUGGAAUUAGUUCAGCUUUUCUGCAGUCACAUACAGUAAAUACUUGUCCCAUAGAUUCUUCAUAUAGACGCUUACUGCUCAACAAAAACAUACUCAGUGAACAGUUUUUGAUCUAUCGCU